AUGGGUAAAUAUAUUUUUGCUGGAGGCGUAAGGUUUGCAGUGAAUUGGCGAUGUGGUUGUGUUGUUUCUGAGAAGGCAAUCGAAGAAGUGAAAUCAGAUGUAUGCCACAGUUGUGGGGGUCCAGUGAAUAAGGAUGAUCUCGUUAUGCUGAAUCCUCCGGAACAUAUCCUCCAAAUUUAUGAAGCAAAGCUCGAAGAGGAACGGGCGAAGAAGGCCGCAAAAACACGUAGUAAAAAGCACGAAUUUGGAAAUCACAAAAGUUGA